ACAAUUUAUGUGUCAGAUUUGUGUUUUGACAUAAGACCUGUCCGAGACAGCGGAUUGUUUGUUACGUUUUGAACACAUUUAGGGGUCAGCAGAUUCCGAUAACCCCCGAACACGAGUCCAUCUAAAUUCGAUUUGACAUUUUCAGUAUGAAAAGAAGUUCCGACAUAGACAUGGCUGAUUUAUCGUACGAUGCUGCGAUGAAAAAGGUCCACCUCGUGGAAAGAAACCGAAAUCCGAAUGGGGCACACAUCCUUAGUUUGAAUCGCGUUUCAAUCCACGAGUCCAGCGAUAUAAUCAGUUUGGCUACACAAAUUCAACGUGCAGAUGAAGCGGUGAAAGAUGUUGCAUGCGGGAAACUGGCACUGAUUUUGGAGCAGAUAAAAAUGCUUCAAUCUCAAGCUAAGCGAAUUCUCGAAGAAACUGAACAUAAUAACUCCCUCCACCAUGCAGCUUGUAAUUUUCAGAAAGUUCCUGGGCAAAUUUAUCACUUAUACCAAAAUGAAUCAGGACAGAAUUUAUUUAGCAUGCUUUCACCAGAAGAAUGGGGAUCAUCGUGUCCACACAAAUUUCUCGGGAGUUACAGAUUGGAACGCGAUUCAACUUGGACACCCAUAAAGAAUAUCGACGAAAGGGAUCGACAAAAUGAAUGGGGGGCAAGACUUCUAGCAUCAGCAAAUUCAGGGGAUCAGAAUAUGCUUUCAUUAGAUUAUGAAAAAAUGUAGUAUUAAUACUUAAAAUAGUACAAAUAAACCAUGUUAUUAAAAAUCUA